AUUCGUUGCCUUGGAGUCGUACACGGCAAUGCAUAGCACCACCCUCCAUGUCUCUAAUAAUUUCUUGUAUUUUCUCCUCAUAAUAGUCAUCUACCAGUCUAACGCCAUCACCACCUUUUUCUCUAUAACCGCCAUUUCUUCUCAAUUGCUCAACUUUUUGCUUUUUACACAUUAAUCCAUCUUUUUGGUGCUCUAGAUUCUGCAGAUCCGAAGCUUUCACUCACAAAUUCAACCACAAUCAAUCAGACUUUUUCAAGAAACUGUAUAACCUGCUUCAGUUGUAUCUCUCUCUUUUCUGCAAAUUUUCUGAAGUUAAUUUAAGAUUUUUUUCGAUUUUUAAAUUUUUAGAGAGAUUUGAAUAAUUAGGGAGUAAUUUCUAGUCCUUUUAUUGCUGCUACGCUACCAAAUACAAGAAUUUGAAAUUUUGACUUUGAUUAGGGUUUUCGCGGUGCUGCCAUUGAUUACCCAAUUUAGGUUCUAUUUGUAAAAUUAGUUUGAAUGUAUGGCUAUGAGGAAGAAUGUAAACAUACAUACUCAUUCAAGCAGAAUUUUUAGUGAUAAAAAGUGGAUUAUUCCAUUUUUUACAAGUUUAUUGGUGUCUAUAACAUUGAUUUUAGCUAGUUUUUCCGGUGUAUAUUCCCCUAAUCUUGAUGAUGAUGCAUCAUUUCAAUCACAAUUUGAUGUUGGGAAAGUUGAUGAUCCUGAGGAGCGGACUGGUUAUUAUGUAGAAGAUGAAAUGAGGAGGUCAUUGGGGGAUAGCGUGAAUUCAAAGAAUGAACCGCCUCGAUUUGCUUAUCUUAUAUCGGGCACGAAAGGUGAUAGUCAGAGAAUUUUGAGGGUUUUGCAAGCAGUGUAUCAUCCUAGAAAUCAGUAUAUUUUGCAUAUGGAUUUCGAAGCUCCACCUAAGGAAAGAUUGGAUUUGACAAUGUCUGUUAAAAAUGAUCCUACAUUUCAUGAAGUAGAGAAUGUACGCGUCAUGGAUAAAUCUAAUUUGGUGACUUAUAAAGGGCCAACGAUGAUUGCUUGUACACUUCAAGCUAUUGCCAUUUUGUUAAAGGAAAGUUUGAAUUGGGAUUGGUUCAUCAACCUCAGUGCUUCGGAUUAUCCUCUAAUGACGCAAGACGAUAUGCUUCAUGUGUUCUCCAACUUGUCACGUAAUUUGAACUUCAUUGAGCAUAUGCAGAUGGUAGCUGGGUGGAAACUGAGCCAAAGGGCAAGGCCAAUCAUUGUUGACCCUGGUCUUUACUUGUCUAAAAAGUCUGACCUUGCUAUGACUACUCAGCGCCGAUCUCUUCCUACUGCUUUUAAGUUAUAUACAGGUUCAGCUUGGGUAGUAGUGACUCGAUCAUUUGUGGAAUACUGUAUAUGGGGAUGGGAUAAUUUUCCAAGAACGAUCUUGAUGUAUUUCACUAAUUUUAUUUCUUCUCCUGAAAGCUAUUUUCAUACUGUAAUUUGUAACAAUGACGAGUUCCGUAGUACUGCAAUAGGCCAUGAUCUUCACUAUAUUGCAUGGGACAAUCCUCCAAAACAGCACCCUCGCAUUUUGUCCAUGAAGGAUUUUGAUCAAAUGGUAAGGAGUGGUGCGGUGUUUGCUCGCAAAUUCGGAAGAAACGAUCCAGUUUUGGACAAGAUUGAUCAGGAGCUCUUAGGUCGCACACACAGAUUCGCACCUGGUGCAUGGUGUGUUGGGUACACUUCUAAUGGAACUGACCCCUGCUCAAUACGCGGUAACUAUUUGGAUUUUAAGCCAGGCCCUGGUGCUGCAAGGCUUCAGGAGCUUAUGAACAAAUUGUUGUCUGGUGAAUUUCGGAGUAAGCAAUGUUCUUCCAGUAGAUAACACGUUCCUUGUAAAGUUUUUUGUAUUUUACAUCCGCUAAUACUCAUUACAGAUGCGUCCAAGAUCUCUGUUGAAUGAGCAAUCAAAGGUAUAAAAAGAUCAUCUUUUUGUUAUGGGAAGAGCUUUGUCUAUUAUUUGAGUUCUUACCAUAUGUUGACACCAUUUCAGUUUUCCAUAGGAAAAUCGAUUUAAAGCUGUGUUUUUAGAAUGAUCGGCUUACACUGUAAGCUGUAAGGUUCCAUAUAGAACUUCCAAUUCUGAGUGAAUUAUUGAGACAUUGUUUAAGGUCGAGGUUAUGUCCUCUCACCUUAUUGUAAGCAUAGUCAUUCAAAUCACAAAUGAGCCUUGGUUUAAUUAUGCCGAUGUUUGUGAUUUUCUUAUAGUUGGUGUAUAUAAGGGAUAUAAAUAUAUCUUAGUGUAGAAGAAUCUAUAAAAGAGUUAACUAUA